AAACUCUGCCAGACACAACCCUCCCGUCAGCUGCUCAACGUAACAGCCAACCAGUCAUACUUAAGAACAAGUGAGAGCAAUAAUAUAAGUGUAAAGUGAGCGUCAUGGCCCCAACACAGCACCACACGAACAGCAUCAGUGGCAGUUGCACCAGCAUCAAGGAUAUGCUUGAUCACUGGGGCCAGAGAUCCACCUUGAUGAACGACUGUCAAGAGAAUCUGACAGAGGCAGGCCAGGCAGUCACUCUCUCAGAGGACGAGCAUCACCACCAGGUGGUGUUGGAUGUUCGUGAUUACAUGAGGGAAGGCGUGAAGAUUGACGUGGUUGACGGGAACCAGUUGGUGGUGGAGGGCAGUGUUGGGCAGCGGCAGGAGGGCUCACCAAUUUCCGAGAAGAGUUUCCGACGUCGGUUCUCCUUUCCUAAUCUCGCCAGGAUAGAGACCGUGACCUCCACCAUGUCCCCUGACGGUGUCCUUAAAGUUAUUGUGCCCAAGAGGAAGGUUGUUGAUGUAACCGAUCUAUAGAGGCACACUGAGGCUGGUCGGCGUGUAUUAAAAAAAAUCGAUUCUCAUGAAAAAAAAAACGAAUCUAGUGGAGGUAGAAGGUCGCGUGGAGAAGCAAGAGGGAGAAUUAAAGUCGAACAAGAGCUUCUGUCGUCGCUUUAAUCUUCCUGGCGUGGUGAACUUGGACACCAUCACCUCUGCCAUAUCUUCGGACGGCGUCCUCACUAUCAGGGCGCCUAAAACCUCGGGGGACGCUAGUGUGAGGACGGCAUCCCGGGAGGAGAGGACGCUGCAUCGUCAGGACACCAGUGAGGCCAGUAGCGAGGGGCGUGACGGCUACACCCCGGCCUCACACAACUCAUCUGGUGACUAAGAGAGAUUUUAUUCACCACACGGAAAUAUACUUCAGAAGUUUCAUGUAUAUACUAGUGUAUAUAUUUUGUAAAUAUUCACAGCUGUAUAUUUUCUUAAGAUAAAUAAAUAUUGAUA